AUGGGGAUUACCGGUUUACUUCCUUUCUUAGAAAAAUCUUCAAAGAGAACAAAUAUUAAUCAGUUUACUGGUGGUACUGUUGCUAUUGAUUCUUAUUGUUGGCUACAUAAAGGUGUAUUUUCUUGCGCUGACAAACUGCAAAUGGGACAACCGACAAAUGCAUAUGUUCAGUAUUGUAUGAAAUUUGUACAUAUGUUGCUUACAUAUAAAAUAAAACCAAUUCUUGUAUUCGAUGGACGACAUUUACCUGCUAAAGCCCAAACUGAAACUAAACGUCGAGAAGCUAGACAAACAAAUCGUCGUAAAGGUAUUGAGUUAAUGAAAAUGGGGCAGUAUGCAGAAGGAAGAAAUUUAUUACGAAGGUCUAUAAAUAUAACGCAUGAAAUGGCAUUAGAAUUAAUUAAACAGUGCCAGGAAAUGAAUAUUGAUUGUAUUGUAGCACCUUACGAGGCAGAUGCACAGUUAGCAUAUCUUAAUAUCAAUGGAAUUGCUGAUGUUGUGAUUACCGAAGAUAGUGAUUUAACAUUGUUUGGUUGCAAAAAGGUAUUUUUUAAAAUGGAUAUAAAUGGUAAUGGUCUUUUAAUUGAUCAAGAACGAUUGCAUCUUGCAAUGAAUAUAAGUCCUGAACAUUUCAGUAUAGACAAUUUUCGUUAUAUGUGCAUUUUAUCAGGAUGUGAUUAUUUACCAUCCCUUCCUGGUAUUGGACUGAGUAAAGCAAAAAAGUUUAUUAUGAUAAAUACAGACUGUGAUAUACAUAGGGCUUUAACACGUUUGGCGUCUUAUUUAAAUAUGAAAUCGCUUGUUGUAACAAAGGAAUAUAGGGAUGCAUUUAUAUUAGCAGUUAUUACUUUUAAACACCAAUUAGUAUAUUGUCCUUUGCAAAGAAAACAAGUUCGUUUAAAUUCACCUGCGUUAGAUGUGACAGAGGAACAAUUAUAUUAUGCUGGUGUGGAGACAAAUCCAGAUAUUGCAUUACAACUUGCUUUAGGAAACAUAGAUCCAAUUUCUUUAAAACAACUUCAUAACUUUGACCCUGAUAAAAUGAAGAAUCAUAAUAACGAAUCUACUACGUGGGGCCAAAAAGCAAGUCGCCCUAAACACAUUAGCAUUUGGUCAGAAAAAUAUAAGUUAAAAGAAAAUCCAUUACGAGAAUCUCAAAGUAAGAAUCUCAUGACAUGGCCAAAUACCACUGGUAAGAAGAUGGUUCUCCAAACAAGUCGCUUAAAAAAAACUAUUUUGGCAAAACAGGAUAAUUUUGAAUGUACAGAAUUGAAUCAAAAAGAAAUUUUAAACGCAUAUGAAGAGACUAGAGUCCCAACGAAUGCAGAAAACAAUUUAAAAAUAGAUGUAUAUACACUUAAUGAAGAAAAAGUGUCUCCUAUUUUAAUUAGAAGAACAAAUCCAUUUUCAAAAGGGUCAUCUAAUAAUAAAACUUCUCCGAGUCUUUUGUUCAACAACAGAAAUCGAAUAAAAGGAAGGAACGUAAUGCGUAUUAAACGAACAAUUAUAAAUGAAGAAACUAUAACAGAAAGUAAAUUUUUUUCCAAAUCAACAGAUGAUGUAGAAAAUAGCAAUAUUAAAGGAACCAACAAUAUGCUGUGUUCGCCCAAUAAUUCAAAUGAAAUUUUACUGGGACAAGAAAACGUACAAUUGCACAAAACUGAUGAAACAAACAUUAAUUUUCAAGCUUGUGUGGUAACUAAUGAAAUGGAAACAGAAUCACACUCUAUGGAUAUAGAUGAAGAGCAUAAUGAAUUGUUCGAACCAAAUCAAUACAAUAAUGCAAAGUCGUCAGAUAAUUGUUGCAAUAAUGAUAUAGGAUCAUAUUUAGAUGUAGAAAUAAAUGAAUUAGGCCCAAACAAAAGAAGUGAAGCAUCGUACAAUUUAGAUAAUUCGUUGAAUUUAUUAAAAUCUGAUAUAGAUCCUGAUUUCUUAAUUCAACAAGAGGAUAUAAGUACUUUAAAUACUAGUUUGUAUAAAUGGUCCAAUACAAAAUUGACUGCACAAAUAGAUAAUAAAGUUAAACAAUGCAAAAGCUCUAUAAAUUCUGGAACAGCUGUAAAUAAAAAAGCAAAUAUGACAAACAGUACACGUCGAAGCCAACAAUUAUGUUCAGUACAAAGACAACAAAGCUUAUUAAGUAUGUAUGGAUUUGAAAAAAAAAGAAAAGUAACUUAAUAAAUACUUCACAUACCAGGAUUGUUUGACAUAAAAAUGUGUGCUGUGCUACAACUAUUAUGCAAGCGGAUAAUUAUAUGGACUGAAUAAAUGUGAUUAUUUACAAGA